GGAGUUUCUAUGUGUGUUUCUGUUGGAAUUACUAAUCGCUACAAUGGGGAUUCUUGGACUUUCAAAACUGCUCUACGAUAAAGCUCCCGGUGCUUUCAAGGAGCAAGAGCUGAAAAAUUAUUUCGGGCGAUGCAUAGCAAUUGAUGCCUCCAUGAGUAUUUAUCAAUUUAUUAUUGCUAUGAAGGGGUUUCAGGAUGGCCAGGGAAUAGAGUUAACGAAUCAGAAUGGUGAAGUUACUUCUCAUUUAAAUGGAUUGUUCAACAGGACUUUGCGUAUGGUUGAUGAAGGGAUCAGGCCGAUUUACGUUUUCGAUGGAUCACCUCCUAAAUUGAAGGAAUACGAAUUGGAAUCGCGCCGCCAACGGGCGAACACGGCUGAAAAGGAUUUUGAGCGUGCCAAAGAAGAUGGGGAUGAUGAAUUAAUGGAAAAAAUGAGCAAACGCACUGUGCGUGUGACAUCGGAGCAAAUCAACGAUUGCAAAAAAUUACUGGGGCUUAUGGGCAUCCCGGUUGUCCAGGCUCCAUCUGAGGCGGAAGCGCAAUGUGCGGAGUUAGUUCGUAAAGGAAAAGCUUGGGCUGUAGGAACGGAGGAUAUGGACGCAUUAACGUUCGGCUCAAACAUCAUGCUGCGACACCUUAAUUAUAGCGAUACAAAGAAACGUCCGAUUACGGAAAUACAUCUUAAGCAGGUUCUUCAUCUCACAGGCAUGUCGAUGGAUCAAUUUAUUGACCUGUGCAUUCUUCUAGGCUGCGAUUACGUGCCCAAAAUACAUGGUGUUGGUCCUCAAAAAGCUUGGGAGGGUAUCCAAAAAUACGGUAGUAUCGAGGGAUUGCUAGAGGCAUUAGAUGGCUCCAAAUAUCAGGUACCUUCUGGUUUUAUUUUUAAGGAGGCGCGAGAUUUCUUCAAGCAUCCUGAUGUUACUCCUGGAGAGCAGGUAUCUAUCCAGUUUAAGGAGCCAGAUGAGGAAGGUUUGACUCACUUCCUUGUGCAUGAAAAGUUAUUUAACUCUGAGAGAGUCGCAAAAGGGAUAAUCAGACUGAAGGAGUCUCUGAAAAGAAAAACACAGGAAAGGCUUGACAAUUUUUUUACCAUAAAGGCUAUUCCAAAGGUGGAUACAAGCCAAUCGUUGGUCGGUUCGAAGCGUGUGCGAAAUGCAGAGAACGACAAACCCUUUCAUCCUUCUGGUACGCUUAGAAAAGCUAGCUUAGGACAUAAAAAGUCAGUGAAAAGGACGUAA